AUGGCCAAGGAGUGGGGCUACGCCGACCACAACGGUCCUGACCACUGGCAUGAAUUUUACCCGAUUGCCAAGGGAGACAACCAGUCGCCAAUCGAACUGCAUACUAAAGACAUCAAUCAUGACCCUUCUCUGAAGGCAUGGACAGCGUCUUAUGACCCGGGCUCUGCCAAGACCAUCCUGAACAACGGGAGGACCUGCAGGGUUGUGUUUGAUGAUACUUAUGAUAGGUCAAUGCUGAGAGGGGGUCCCCUCACUGCACCCUACCGGCUUCGCCAGUUCCAUCUCCACUGGGGCUCCUCGGACGAUCACGGCUCUGAGCACACGGUGGAUGGAGUCAAGUACGCAGCGGAGCUUCACCUGGUUCACUGGAACCCAAAGUACAACACUUACGGAGGAGCCCUGAAGCAGCCUGAUGGGAUAGCUGUGGUUGGCGUUUUUCUGAAGAUAGGACGUGAGAAAGGCGAGUUCCAGCUUUUCCUUGAUGCUCUGGACAAAAUUAAGACAAAGGGCAAGGAGGCACCCUUCACGAACUUCGACCCGUCCUGCCUCUUCCCCACCUGCCGUGACUACUGGACCUAUCGCGGCUCCUUCACCACGCCGCCGUGCGAGGAGUGCAUCGUGUGGCUGCUGCUCAAGGAGCCCAUCACCGUGAGCUCCGACCAGGUGGCCAAGCUGCGUAGCCUCUUCUCCAGCGCCGAGAACGAGCCCCCGGUGCCCCUGGUGAGGAACUGGCGCCCUCCACAGCCCCUCAAGGGCAGGGUGGUGAGGGCCUCCUUCAAAUGA